AGCGCGUACCAGUCUGGGGCUCCCGAGGCGGCCUCUCGUGCGAUCAAGGGCGCGCACGGCUGGGAGAGCGACUCGGGGCCCCUGCUCUCCGCGCCGGAGUUCGGAAGAGAGUGGGUCGCCGCCGCCCGAGCGGGGCGGGAGGAAGGAGCGCUCGCUCGCCCGCCGCCUCGCUGCCUCCCCGGCGCUCGCUCUCCCGGCUCCUAGGUUUGCUGGCUGCUCCUCCCACCCGCGCCCGCCUCCUUGCUCGCUCGCUCGCUCGCUCGCUCGCUCCAGCCGGUUUCCAAGCCCCGCGGUGCGCCCGGGCGAGUGCCGGGCGAGGGGCCCCCGGGGCUAGUGCCGAGCAGGGGGCGGGGGUCCGGGCAGAGCGCAGCCGGCCGGGGAGGGGCCAUGUCUGGCGCGGGCGCAGCGGGGCCCGUCUGCAGCAAGUGACCGAGCGGCGUGGACGGCCGCCUGUCCCCCUCCGCCACCUGGGGCGGCGCGGGGCCCCCGGUGCCGGGUGCCCGGAGCCCGGGUCGCGCGUAGAGCCGGCGCGAUGCACGUGCGCUCGCUGCGCGCCGCGGCGCCGCACAGCUUCGUGGCGCUCUGGGCGCCCCUGCUCCUGCUGCGCUCAGCCCUGGCCGACUUCAGCCUGGACAACGAGGUGCACUCGAGCUUCAUCCACCGGCGCCUCCGCAGCCAGGAGCGGCGGGAGAUGCAGCGCGAGAUCCUCUCUAUCUUGGGCUUGCCGCAUCGCCCGCGCCCCCACCUCCAGGGCAAGCACAACUCGGCGCCCAUGUUCAUGCUGGACCUGUACAAUGCCAUGGCGGUGGAGGAGGGCGGCGGGCCCGACGGCCAGGGCUUCUCCUACCCCUACAAGGCCGUCUUCAGUACCCAGGGCCCCCCUCUGGCCAGCCUGCAAGAUAGCCACUUCCUCACCGACGCCGACAUGGUCAUGAGCUUCGUCAACCUCGUGGAGCAUGACAAAGAGUUCUUCUACCCGCGCUACCACCAUCGCGAGUUCCGGUUUGAUCUUUCCAAGAUCCCGGAAGGAGAAGCUGUGACCGCAGCCGAAUUCCGGAUCUACAAGGACUACAUUCGGGAGCGCUUCGACAACGAGACGUUCCGGAUCAGCGUUUACCAGGUGCUGCAGGAGCACUUGGGCAGGGAGUCAGACCUGUUCCUGCUGGACAGCCGCACCCUCUGGGCCUCGGAGGAGGGCUGGCUGGUGUUCGACAUCACUGCCACCAGCAACCACUGGGUGGUCAACCCACGGCACAAUCUGGGCCUGCAGCUCUGCGUGGAGACCUUGGACGGGCAGAGCAUCAACCCCAAGUUGGCAGGCCUGAUCGGGCGGCACGGACCCCAGAACAAGCAGCCCUUCAUGGUGGCCUUCUUCAAGGCCACGGAGGUCCACCUUCGCAGCACCCGCUCCACGGGGGGCAAGCAGCGCAGCCAGAACCGCUCCAAGACCCCCAAGAACCAGGAAGCCCUGCGGGUGGCCAACGUGGCAGAAAACAGCAGCGGCGACCAGAGGCAGGCCUGCAAGAAGCACGAGCUGUAUGUCAGCUUCCGCGAUCUGGGCUGGCAGGACUGGAUCAUCGCUCCCGAAGGCUAUGCUGCUUACUACUGUGAGGGCGAGUGUGCCUUUCCUCUGAACUCCUACAUGAACGCCACCAACCACGCCAUCGUGCAGACACUGGUCCAUUUCAUCAACCCCGAAACGGUGCCCAAGCCCUGCUGUGCCCCUACUCAGCUCAACGCCAUCUCUGUCCUCUACUUCGACGACAGCUCCAACGUCAUCCUGAAGAAAUACAGAAACAUGGUCGUCCGAGCCUGUGGCUGCCACUAGCGCCUCCUGGAGGUCAGACCCUCUGGCGCCACACUGUUCGGGGUCCUUGGUCUCCCACCGCCCAGCACAGCAACUGCCUUUCGUGAGACCUGCCCUGCCCCCGUCCCCAACCUUAAGGAUGUAGGAGGAUUAAGGAAUUUGAGAGGCAAAUGCCUUUUGAUCAGGUUUUCAUCCGCCUCCUAUGGACAAGAUCCUACACGCUGUGGCAGGCAAAACCUAAAGGAAAAAAAAAAUAUAAAGAAAAAUUGCCCAGCCACAAUCAUUGGCUAUGAAGUCUCAGCCGUGCACUGACUCGUUCCCAGGGGUAAUUAGGAGCACCCUUCAGCCAGGCCACCCAGCAGUGGGAGGAAGGGGGCAUGGCCAGGGGUGGGCACGUUUGUGUCUGUGCGCAAGGAAAAUUGACACGGAAGUUCCUGUAAUAAAUGUCACAAUAAAACGAAUGAAUGAAAAUGGUUAGGAUGUUACAGAUAUAUUUUCCUAAACAAUUUAUCCCCAUUUCUUGGUUUACUCUGAUUUCAUAAACAGAAGCUGUGGCCAGUGGAAGCAGGGGAGGCCCCCUCUCUGUUCCAUUCUGGUUUCAUUCUGAGGCUUGCAGAGGCCCGCUGUUUACAUAGAUUUGCCCAAAUCCAAGAUUUGACCGGGAAGGGAGAGGGCAAAUUUCUGCUUGGAGGAGGGGGUGUAUUGACCUUGAAGGAAAAAUAUGUUCCAUCCUUCGGCUGGGUGUGUGGCGGCAGAAAUUAAAUUAGGCAUGUGAAGCGCCGACAGACAUUUGGAAUUGGUUUUCCAGCUCUCCUAGUGGUAGAAAAUCAAUGUGGAAUGACAGGGCGGAAGGGACAGCAAUCAGAAGAGAACCUACAACUUGACCCUGAACUCUAGCUAACAAG